AUGACAAGCAGCAAUGGCUGGUGUCGGAGCGGUGGAAUUCCCACCCUUACCCCAGUCCAGAAGACGACUUUGCCAGCUCGGGCCCCCAGGCCCCCAUCUUUAAAGACUCAUUUGGGAUCUGUAAGGCCCAAACUUCCAGCUGCUGAGAGGCGCGGUGUCCGAAAGGUGGCACAAAAUUCAGCCCAUGCACUCCCAUCACGAGCGCUUCUUCCAGAGAAAAACCUAGAGGAGUUCAUUGCGAGAUAUGAACAGGGAUUAAUAAACCCAGUAUCUGCCUUGCAUCAGUUUGCACAAAUGCACAACUCACAGCUUGAAUUGAAAGAAACUAAUGUGGCAGGUGGCAUCAUAAGGCCUUAUUUUGCCUUUUGUGCUGUAGUGGAUGGUGUUUGCUACAAGCCUGGACUGGGAACAAACAAGAAAGAAUCUAAAUUAAAUGCAGCUAAACUGGCUCUUGAUGAGCUGCUUUACUGGAAGCGUACAGGGGCAAAGGCUUCUGAAGAGUCAGGUCCUUCCUGUAUCUUGACUCCAGAAAACUCUGCUUAUGUUUCAAGGAUCCAUUCUGAUGCAAGGCCACAUGCAUAUCAAACACUUUCACAAACACUUGAAGAGUUAUUUAACAGCCUGACUACCAACCACCCUGAGUACCAAAGUUGCGGCAGUUCACUGGCUGCCUUCAUCAUUGAAAAAGGUGGGCAGCAUGAAGUUGUAGCUCUAGGAACAGGAGAAUGUAAUUACAGUCAGUCCUUGCAGCUCUCUGGAAGAGUGUUGCAUGACAGCCAUGCCAUCGUUACGGCAAGACGUUCUCUGCUUAGGUAUUUUUAUAGACAUCUUCUGCUGUUCUAUAAUAAAAAUCCAGCGAGGACAGAGAAAUCCAUAUUUUGCACAGCACCAGGCUCGAAGCUGCUUACCCUAAGGCAAAAUAUAACUAUCUUACUGUACAUGAAUCAGCUUCCAAAAGGAACUGCUCUGUUAGAAUCACAGCGACAUCUCAAACCACAAUCUAUAUCUGCUUAUGAAGCCAAUGAAGCGCUGAGUCUUCACGUUGCUGUAGAAGGCAAGAUUUACUUAACUGUUUGUUGUCCACCAAGAACUGUUCGAGCAAGCAGUAUGUCAGCCAGUGACAAAUUAACAAAAUGGGAAGUGGUUGGUAUUCAGGGAGCGUUGCUGAGUCAUUUCAUUGAACCAGUGUAUAUCAACAGUAUUCUUGUAGGAAAUGGCAAUUGCACAAGUACAAGAGAGCUAGAAGUAGCUAUAAACCAGCGUGUUAGUGAUGGACUUACAUCGCAGCUUCCCGUGCCUUAUGUAGUGAACAGAUCUCAUACUUACUUGGUGAAUGCCGCACACCCAAUCCGAACAGACUUUAAACAGAGGUCUCUUAGUUUGAACUGGUCGUUGUCAGAUGCAUCACUGGAGAUUGUGGAUGGAUUAAAUGGAAAAAUCACUGAAAAUUCACCAUUCAAAAGUGGCACUUACAUGGCAAGUCGCCUCUGCAAGGCAGCAAUGUUCAGUCGUUUCAGAUCGCUUGCUAAGGGAGCAGAGAGGAAUGAUUUGCUUCAAGCUGCAACGUACCACGAAGCUAAGAUAAAAUCUGGAUUGUACCAGCGAGCUAAAAACUUGGUUCAAAGCUACUUAGAGCAACAUAAUUAUGGAUCCUGGAUUGUGAAGUCUCCAUGUGUCGAACAGUUCAGUGAGUGA